UUUCUUCUGUCAACUGUUGGUUGUGAAAUUUCUUUGGAAAAUGCCAAGCGCCAACUGAAGAUUUCGUUGCGAAUUUUAUUAUUAAAUCAUAAUUAUGGGUGAUGUUUUCACAAACAAUUUAUGGGAGAACUGGGAGAAAAGUGGUCGGCAAGAAUUCAUUCGAGCAUGUGAAACCUUGCUGAAAAAUGACUCUGAUAAUUCGAUCUUUGACCAUACGAACAGAAUGCCUACGAUCACCAGCUAUGUGCUUCAAUUAAUUGAUAAAGGCAUUAAAGGAGUUUUGAAAAAGGAGGCUGUAAUACUUGCAUUGCAAGAGCUUGUGUCAAUUCACGCAGAUGUAGCAUCUGUAAUCUGCGACGUGUUAAAUGUGGCCGAUGGAAUCACAUCGCAAAUUGAUAGCGACGAUGCGAAAGAUCGCGCGAACUUUUGUAGCAUUGUUAAAGAUUGCGAAAAGUUUCUUUCAGAGAAACUUCUAAAGGAAAGAUUGGAAAUUGAAACUUUACAAGAAGUGGGCAUUUUAAAGAACCGCACGUUUUACUCAAAGUUUAUCAAAAUCAAAACUAAACUCUAUUACAAGCAAAGAAAGUUCAAUUUGUUUAGAGAAGAGUGCGAAGGAUUUGCCAAGUUGCAAACUGAAUUGAAUAAGGAAUUCAAUGAAAACACUAGCCCAGCUGCCCUUAUUGAUAUAGUGCAUUCCCUAAUCGGAUGUUUUAAUUUGGAUCCAAACAGAGUCCUGGACAUAAUCCUCGAAAGCUUCGAAAACAAAACGAAAGAUGCCCACAUUUUUGUUCCCCUCAUUGAAUUAUACAUUAAGGAUCCCAGUAUAAUAAGCGAGGUGUUGUCUACCAAAUUGGCUUUUCUGAAGAACACCGGAGAAGACAUCCCGGCAUCAUUUUUCCUAUUGGUUGCUUAUUUGCUGCAGCAUUCUUUAAUAAGUUUGGACCACAUCUACUCCAAGCUGAGUCCCGACGAAAAGGAAAUCAAGAAACAUUGUGAAAAAGCGUUGAAAGAUGCGGCGGAAUAUGUUCGCAAAUUGCAAAUAAUCUCGAUAAAUAACAAGGAAAAGGAAGACGACAAGGACGACGCAGAGUCUGUUGAGGAUCUUUUCGUUGGAAAUGAAAAACUGCGGCUUUGUGAAGCUUUGCUUUCUAUUGGAGACUGGGGGAACGCCAGAACCCUUAUUAACUUGUUACCGAAACACUUUGCCAUUGGAUUCCAGCCAAUAGCUUUAUCUCUAUGCAACUUGUUGCAUGCCCUUAUUGAACCAGUCUAUUCCUUAAACUGUGCUUUGGGCCCCAAUAUCAACCGUCAGCCGGUUCGGCCUUAUUCAAACCCUCUUGCUCCAAAAGCAGCCCUAACUUUUACUGACUUGAAGGAAACGGUAUUGCCAAUGUUGAUCUGUUUAGGGUCGUCGCUUCAUUAUGACUCGGUUCUAUUAAGUAAAACCAUCAGGUUGUUUAGGGCAGUGCUUCAAGAAAUGGGUGUUGAAGCAGGAAAAGCGUUUACGCCUCGUGAAGAUGAUGGUUUAUACUUUGAAAUAAUUUCCAUUCUUGAUGAGACCAUACUGCCAUCGCUGUCUUAUUUGGAUUGCAACUGUUGCAUUGCUGAAGAGAUUUGGAAUUUAGUCAAGUUUUAUCCGUAUCAAAUUAGGUAUUGCCUGUAUGCUAGAUGGAAAAAUGAUACGUAUUCUGCCUAUCCGCCACUGAUGAAAAAGCGGGGUGAUGCCGAGAAGCAAAUUAAAAAUAUAAUGAAGCGAGUGAGCAAGGAGAACGUAAAGCCAGUGGGACGGUUGAUUGGAAAAUUAACUCAUUGUUCACCAGGAUUUUUAUUUGACUAUGUCCUGUUGCAAAUUCAGGUUUACAGUAACUUGAUAAAUCCGGUGGUCGAUUCGUUGAAAUAUUUGACGAAUCUAUCAUAUGAUGUUCUCGGUUAUUGUGUAAUUGAAAAUCUGUGCCUGGCCGAUAAGAAAAGAGUCAAACAUGACAGUACUUCGAUUUCGAUGUGGUUGCAAAGCUUAUCUGUAUUCUCUGGAGCUGUAUACAAAAAAUAUUCCAUCGAAUUAACGGGAUUGUUGCAAUAUGUGGCAAAUCAGCUGAAAGCCCAAAAAAGCUUGGAUUUGUUUAUAUUGAAAGAAGUAGUCCAAAAGAUGGCUGGAGUGGAACCAAACGAAGAUUCUACAAUGGAGCAGUUGUACGCGAUGUCCGGCGGUGAAAUGCUGAAAGGAGAGGCUGGAUACUUCAGUCAAAUUCGCAACACUAAGAGAUCAUCCCUGCGACUCAAAGAAGCCAUGAACGAAAACGACUUGGCUGUAGCGCUGUGUUUGCUGAUGGCUCAACAGAAUUACUGCGUUGUUUAUAGGGAGACGCAAAAAAGUCAUCUUAAGUUGGUGGGCAAGCUAUCCGAUCAAUGCCAAGACACUUUGGUGCAAUUUGGAACAUUUUUGGGCUCGACACUGACGGUGGAAGAGUACAUUAACAAACUGCCAACGAUUCAGUGUAUGCUGCUAAAUUACCAUAUACCCACAGAAGUCGCUUUUUUCUUGGCGAGGCCUAUGUUCAAUCAUUCGAUAAAUCAAAAAUACGAUCAGCUGCGUAAGGCAGAUCCAAACUAUAAGAAAAUGUCCAGUUCUAUUAAAAUUCAGAAAUAUUAUGAUGCAGUCAAAGAAGUAAUGCAACCAGUGCACAGCUCGUUGUUGCCGUUACAUUCUCCAAAAACCUGGGAAGAUAUCAGUCCUCAGUUUUUAGCUACGUUUUGGUCGUUAACCAUGUACGACUUGUGUGUACCCGAAGAUAUUUACCAACAAGUUAUUAAUAAGGCCAAACAGCAGUCAAUUUCGGCCGUAGAAAGUCUUGGAGCUAAAGGGAAGAAAGAACAAGAGCGUCAUCUUUCCUUAGUGGAGAAACUGAUGGACGAAAAAAAGAAACAGUCCGAGCAUGUGGAAAAGGUCCUUUUCAGAUUGAAACAGGAGAAAAGCAGUUGGUUUCUGCUAAGAGCCGGAAAGUCUGCGAAAACUGAGUCAAUAACCAGAUUUUUGCAGCUUUGCCUGUUUCCCAGAUGUACAUUCACUCAGAUCGACGCGGUGUAUUGCGCAAAAUUUGUACACACCAUCCACAUGUUGAAAACGGAAAACUUUUCUACUCUUCUUUGCUAUGAUAGGUUGUUUUGUGAUGUUACUUAUUCUAUAAUAUCGUGCACUGAAAAUGAGGCGUUGAGGUACGGCCGAUUUUUGUUUGCCAUGCUGGAAACCGUGAUGAAAUGGCACAAAUCUAAGGAAACCUUUGAAAAAGAGUGUUCUAAUUAUCCCGGUUUUAUGACCAAAUAUAGAGUGAGCAAUCAUACCGCUGAUAGUUCAGACAAUGUGGGAUUCGAAAACUAUAGACAUGUCUGCCAUAAGUGGCAUUAUAAAUUAGCCAAGGCGGUCGUAACGUGCCUGGAGUCUAAGGAUUACGUACAAAUCAGAAAUUCGUUGAUCAUUUUAAUAAAAAUCAUUCCCUUCUUCCCUGUACUGAUCAAAUUGGCUCAAUUUCUCGAAAAAAGAAUAGAAAAAGUGAGGGAUGAAGAAAAGAACAAUAGACAAGACUUAUUUACAUUGGCAAUUAGCUACUUAGGGCAACUAAAGCAAAGACUGACCAGCGGUCAAAUGAUGAAGGAAGGGGAUUUUCAUAUUCCUGUCGAGAAAGAUAAGGUGGUAAAACCCAGUCCGGAAGCGCCAGCUGCAAAUGGCAAGGACCUGAACAGGCAUAAUGGUGAACCAAAAGAAAAAGUGUUCAUGCAACAAGAGAAAAAACCAGCGCGUGUAUCUUCAGAAGACGGCAAAUUGCAAAGAGCAGCUUCAAGCAGUACAGAUCAAAUUGCUGGAGAUAAGGAAAGACGCGAAGACAAGCCCACUAGGGAAGAUCAAAAAGAUAAAUAUUUGAAGAAGGAAGAGGCAAAACGAAAUUUAAUUGAAUUAGAAAGAGAUGUGAAGAGAAACCGCAUAGAUGAUAGAGAACUGGAAGACAGAAAUAAAAGAUCUGUCGAUCCAAAGGAAGACAGAUACAUUGAAAUUGUAAGCCCAAAGGAAGAGCGGUAUUCGAUUGAAAGACAAGAUCGAUUUUAUGAAGAGCGAAGUAGUUACUAUCAUAAAGAUAUCAGUGAGCGGGAUAAUUCGGGUUCUUCAACAACAAUGAGCAAGCAUGUCUCCGAUCCAGAACCUGAGAGAGAUAUUAAAAGAAGAAAAGUGGAUGUUGGGUCCGCCAAGGCUGCCAAAUAUGGUGAGCGGAAAGUUGCUGCCGGUCAACUGCUUGAUUAUCCAGAAAAAAUCGAAAAGAAAGAGCGAUCGGCGAGCAAGCGACGGGAGAAGCUGAGCGAAGAGGACAAAGAGCUGAAAAAAGAUCGAAAACUCAAUCGGAAACGGGAUCGUCUAGAGGAAAGCCUUCAACUGGAGCUCGCAAAACGCAGACGUGAAGAAGAGAAAGCCAAGUUACUGUCUCAUCAAAAUGGAGAAAAAAUCGAAAUAUCAGCUCCACCCCUCCGAGAGAAACACCAUAGGAAAGCUGAGAUGCGAGAAACCAGAGACAUAAGAGAAAUAUCGCCGCAAUUUUCGAGUAGCAGGGAGCGGUCGCAUGAGCGCAGCCAGUCGAGGGAGAAACAUAGAAGGAGUUCAGAAAAUAAAAGGAGAUAGCUAAUGUGAGCCGUUCAGAGGAACCCAGUAAUAACAAAACCCUUUUUUGAAACAGUUUCAGUUUAUUAAAGUGUUAUUAUAUUUGUAUGUAAUGUGGCUAAGAAAAUACGAAGUUCCUUUAAAAA